GAGUCUUUCUUCAGUAUGUUAUUUACCGCCGUGGCAGUUGGAUGUAUCGUGCUGUGGUUCUAUGGUGCUCCAGUUUUCAUGAAGUAUUGUGACUUUUGCGCCGACAUAAGAAUUAUGUCGACACAGAAUGGGUAAUUUAUCAACACUGGUGAAGUUGAGUGCAACCUUUCUCUUCUGUGUUUUGGAUUAUACGUGGGCCAAUAACGAGUCACAAGAAUGCGUUGAAGGGCAGGAAGGGUGCAAGAGAUGUAGAGAUGGAAUGUGCGCGAGGUGCGCGGUGCUCUUGCACCGUGGAAGUUGCGUCGACACUUGUCCACCGGGCCACACCGCAGACUGGUCGACUCGAGAUGAGUACAUGGGAAGAAUUUGCAAGGAGACAGGGUACAUGUUUGGAUUUACUGGUAGUCAAGUAGCCAUUUUGGUAGGAGUUGUUUCUGGUGCGACUAUAUGUAUUUUGAUUAUAUUAUGCGGAGCCAUAAUUGUACAUAGAAGAAAGAAAAAGGCUGCUAAAUUAAUCCAACAAUUUGAAGACAGUGCAGAGAGAAGAGAAUUUUUAAAACACCUUGCAACGCUCAGGGGAGAGGGCAAUACGUUUCUCUCUAUGCUAAAUGACACCAGAAGACAAGUGAGGGAAUUAUAUUAUUCCGGAAACAAUGGAGAUGGUGCCGUUGGGAUACAAGCCUAUAGACCAGUUCUCCGUGACUUGGCAAGGAUAUUAGUUCUUAUUAAUAGGAGAGACGAUGAAAUACCAGUUCCUCCAGAUGAUUGGCAGAGGCUGUUCUCAUGGGCCGAGAGAUUACUGAGACGAUACAAAAGGCAUAGUUCUCCGGAGGUGGCUCAACUUGUAACAUUCUUGCAACAACCAACAGCGUCCGUCCAAAUGAAUGCAACACAGCAAAUAACAAUCACACAAUCACCUCAGCCUUAUGAGACGAGAACUACUCCGACUAAUCUGACUACAUUCCAACCGAACGUACCGUUGACAACGUUUCAAGCAAGCGACAAAUCAAGUAUCAGUCCCGCGAGCUCAAGUCUCGGAUACGUAAAGGACAGUCCAGUCAGCUCUAGCCUGGGACAAAACAGUUCUGGAGCGUAUAACGUCAAGUUGAGUCCGAAUGGUUCCAGUAUAGGGCAAACAACUCCGUUAGUAUACGACAAUCAAAAACGAUUGAAACCGUCAAACGCGCAUUUCCAAGAACUCGCAAUUUCAACGUUCAAUCAUAAUUAUAACACUGGCGCGGUAUUAACGGAAUCCACUCGGGCGAUUGAAGAAUGUGAAACGAACGGGCUCGAUCAUGACUUAAAUCCUCAAUGGGAAUUCCAAAGCAGCGCGGAGGCUGCCAAUUAUACUAUUUUAUCAGAUUGGUCGCCCGCUUGCGAAUACCUCAUCGAUGAUUUCACGAUCCUCGGUUUUAGACCGCAAGAUGAAAUUACCACAGAAUUGUAAAUAAUAUAA